AUGACUUGGUCCAUUGAGCUGUCCCAAUAUGACAUACGAUACGAACCUCGGCAUGCGAUCAAGACGCAAGCAAUGGCAGACUUUCUAGUAGAAGUAACGGAGGAUCCAACCGAAGAGACGGACACACAGUGGAGGCUCCAUGUUGACGGGGCCUCCAACCAGACGUCCGGGGGAGCUGGGAUCAUCCUCGAGAGCCCGGCUGGGGUUGUAUACGAGCAAUCAAUCAGAUUCGAGUUCCCCAUUUCGAACAAUCAAGCAGAAUGCGAAGCCCUUCUGGGAGGCUUAGCCUUGGCAAAGGAAGUCGGAGCGACGAGGCUGGAGAUAUGUAUCGAUUCACAGGUCGUUACCUCGCAAGUAAACGGAAGCUACCAAGCCAGAGACUCACUAUUACAAAAAUAUUUGGAAAAAGUCAAGGAACUGAGUAAAACAUUCGAGGAAGUCACGAUCCGACACGUUCCGAGAGAAAAGAACACGCGGGCAGACCUCCUAUCCAAGUUGGCCAGCACAAAACCGGGAGAAGGCAACCGAUCUCUCAUACAUGGCAUGAUGAAGGAGCCAGCGGUUACCCUACACCUGUUAAGGCUGAGCCCCUCCUGGCUAGACCCCAUCACUAGUUUCUUGGAAAACGGCGAGCUCCCCAGCGACGAAAAGGGUGCUAAAGCGUUGAGAAGGGAGGCGGCCAAGUACGCUAUCAUUCAGGGACAGUUAUUCAAAAAAGGACUCAGCCAACCCCUACUGAAGUGCCUACAUCCCGAUCAGACGGACUACGUGCUCAGAGAAGUCCACGAAGGAUGCUGCGGCCACCAUAUAGGGGGGAAAGCCCUAGCCAGAAAGCUAAUCCGAGCAGGAUACUACUGGCCAUCGAUGAUGGCAGAUUCUAAAGAAUUUGGAGUCGACCUUUUGGGACCUUUCCCACUCGGUCCGGGGCAGGUUAAGUACCUCAUAGUCGCCAUCAACUACUACACCAAGUGGAUAGAGGCCGAGCCACUGGCCAGCAUAUCCUCUUCCAACUGCAGGAAGUUCAUGUGGAGGCAAUUCACCGACAAGAAAUUCACAGAUUUCCUCGCCGGCCUUAGCGUAAAACAGAAAUUCUCCUCGGUAGAGCACCCUCAGACAAACGGCCAGGUCGAAUCUGCAAACAAGAUCAUCCUGCUAGGGCUAAAGAAGUGGCUCGAUAAUAAAAAAGGUGCUUGGGCCGACGAACUCGCCUCGGUCCUCUGGUCCUACCGGACAAUCGAGCAGUCAUCCACUAGAGAAACACCUUUCUGA